UGACAGUUCGCUGCAAGCAGCGAAGAAGCCGCAUUUUCUGCGCUGAAGUUGGUCGAGUGCGACGGAAUUUUCGUGUUUCUGGAAUUUCUAGAAGACUUAUUGGCGAAACAGGAAGUGGAACGGACCGUUGAAAAUGGGAAAGAAGCGGCAGUUCACGAACAAGCAGAAUCCGUUCGCCAAGAAGAAGCGGGACCUGAAGGAGAGGGGUCAAACGGAAUCGGUCCGGAGGGAAAAGCCGUACGAGGACAUUGUGCGCAAGAAUGAAAGCUUCGAGGCGUACUACAAGCAUCUGAACGUUUGCAAGCCGGAGGAAUGGGACGAGUUUAUGGGCAAGAUGCAGAGCAAUCUGCCGGUCACGUUCCGGAUAACCGGCUCGAAGAGUCAGGCGCACACGCUGCUGAAGAUCAUCAAGGACCAGUUCUUCACGGAGUAUCGGCGGGCGGUGGCCGAGUUUAGGGAGAGCGGGGAGGGCGUCGUGCCGGAGCCAAAGUGCCUGACGUGGUAUCCGAACGAGUUUGCCUGGCAGCUGGAGUUGUCCCGGAAGGACAUCCGGAGGUCGGAGCCGCUUUACAAGCUGCACAAUUUUUUGAUUGCUGAAACGGGGUCGGGCAACAUUAGUCGUCAGGAGGCUGUGUCGAUGAUUCCGCCGUUGGUGCUCUCGGUUGAGCCGCAUCACAAAGUUCUGGACAUGUGCGCGGCACCGGGUUCCAAGACGGCCCAACUGAUUGAGGCGUUGCAUGCCGGGGGUGAUGCGUUGCCGACGGGCUUCGUGAUGGCCAACGACAUCGACAAUAACCGGUGCUACAUGCUGGUCCACCAGGCGAAACGCCUUGCUUCCGCUUCCUGUUUGGUGGUCAACGCCGAUAGUUCGGUAUUUCCGUCGUUGAAGGUCAAGAACGAAUCAGGGGAGUUGGUUCCCCUCAAAUAUGAUCGCAUUCUGUGCGACGUUCCGUGCUCCGGAGACGGCACCCUGCGCAAGAACCCGGACAUCUGGACCAAGUGGAACAUGGGCCACGCGUGCAACCUGCACGGACUUCAGUACAGAAUCGUCAAACGUGGCGCGGAACUGCUCGAAGUGGGCGGCAAACUGGUCUACUCGACCUGCUCGCUGAACCCGAUCGAAAACGAGGCCGUGCUGCAUCACCUGCUGGCGGAGACCGGCGACGCGAUGGAAAUCGUCGACGCGAGUCACCUCGUUCCGACGCUCAAGCACAGCCCCGGCAUGACCUACUGGGAACCGGCCACCAAGGACAUGAAAUUCUACAAGAGCUUCGCCGAAGUCCCGGAAAACUACCGCACCGUCAUCCGACCGCUCAUGUUCCCUCCAGCCCCCGAGGACGUGGCCAAGUUCAACCUCGACCGCUGCAUCCGUGUCCUCCCCCACCAGCAAAACACCGGCGGAUUCUUCAUCGCCCUGCUCGAGAAGAAAAAGAAGCUCCCCUCGGAAGUAGAACCAUCAGAAAACGCCGCCGACGAAGUCAAAACCUGCGAAGCGGAACCACCCCAAAAGAAGCAGAAACGCUACCACCGAGGCUUCAAAGAGGACCCGUUUGUCUUCUUCGACGGCAAGGAAGACAUCUUCGACUCAAUCAAAAGCUUCUACCAACUCAACGACACGUUCAACCCGCUCAACCUCCUGACCCGGUGCCGCGAGGGCAAAAAGAAAAACAUUUAUUUCAGCGCGGAAAUCCUCCGGAACAUCGUCACCACCAACGAGAACAAGAUCAAGUUCAUCAACCUGGGCGUCAAAGCGUUCGCCCGCUGCGACAACCGCAACAUGGUCUGUGACUUCCGGCUCGCCCAGGAGGGACUCGAGAGCGUCAACGGGUUCAUCGGGGUGGGGCGGAGGGCGCGCAUCGUCAAGGACGACCUGAUCAAGCUGCUGUCCAACAACGAUCCGACCAGGCCGCCGGAGAUUGAGGGGCUGAGCGAGGACACGCAGACGAACGUGACGGUGCUGGAACCGGGCAGUUGCGUGCUGGAGUAUCGUGGCGAGGAUGGGCUCGAGAUGGACCUGGUUGGUUGGAGGGGGACAAAGUCGCUGCGGGCGUACGUCGACCAGCACGAUACGGUGCACAUGUUGAGGCUGUUGGGGGCGGAUGUUUCGAAAUAUGAGAAAAACAAAUUCGAGGACAACCGGGCCGCCGAAGCGGAAGCGGAAGCUGAGGCCGAGGCCGAAGGGCAAGAGGAGGUAAAGGUCGAAGUCGAGGAAGCGGCUUAGGUGAUCAUUUCACCUAUCAACUUUUCUUUUAUAAGGAUACAUCCACAAACUUUGUUAGACUUAACGAAGAGUACGAAAUAUAAUCGGUUGAAUUAAAA